CCGUGUUUCUAUUUUGGUUCGUUUCGUAAAUCUAAUAUCUUCAUUUAAAAUAUACUUACUAAAAUGGAAAAUUUAGUGUUUAUUGGUGACUGGAUUAAAGAUAGAGUACUAGGUUCAGGCAGCUUUGGUGUAGUUGUGCUGUGGAAACAUCAAAAAACUCAAGAACGACUUGCUAUUAAAACGUGUAAAUGGGGUGAUGAACUCACUGAAAAACACAAAGAAAGAUGGACUAAAGAAGUAGAAAUGUUACAAAACUGUCAGAACCCCAACAUCGUAGGAACAAAACAGUUACCUCCCGAAUUCAAGGAGGGGUUAAAGCCUGUAAAUCCAUCAAAACUUCCAAUAUUGUGUAUGGAGUAUUGUGCUGGGGGAAAUUUGAGACAAUACCUAAAUUUACCAGAAUCUUGCAAUGGCUUGAGAGAAGUCCAAGUCCGUCAAAUACUCGGUGAUAUGAGAAGUGCACUGCAGUUUCUACAUCAUAAUAAAAUAACACAUAGGGAUGUUAAGCCAGAGAAUAUUGUUAUUCAUGUUUUGGAUGGUCCAGGAAAUAUGGACAAUGGAUUGCAAGGUAAGAAGAAAGUUAUAUACAAACUUAUUGAUCUUGGAUAUGCCAAAGAAAUUGACUCAAACUCAGUUUGUGCCAGCUUUGUAGGAACAUUGCAGUACUUGGCGCCUGAGAUUUUUUACAGUAAGACAUACAGCAACUCUGUAGAUUUUUGGUCUUUUGGACUUCUCGCUUUUGAGGUGAUAUGUGGCACACGGCCAUUUUUGCCUUUUAUGGCUCCAGUGCAAUGGAUGGCCCAUGUAAAAGUCAAAACACAUGACAAUAUUUGCAUUUAUGAAACUUUCCAUGGUGAUAUUAAGUGUUCAAAUGAGAUGUUUCCUGAAAAUUUUAUAAGUAAGCCACUUAAGGCUUCUCUAGAGCAGUGGUUAAAGGUUGCCUUAGAGUGGGACCCCAAGCUAAGAGGAAGAGAUGCUCCCUCAAAAGUCACAUUUAACAUACCCUCGGAAGAGAAAGAAACAUCUAGUAAUGUAGUUAUAUUUAAUCUUUUGGAAACCAUAUUAAGUAAGAAGAUUAUGAAGGUAUUUUCAGUUGCAACAUUGACUCAUUAUGCUUAUGAAAUUGAUGAUAAAACAACAGCUUUUAUGUUAAAGAAGUGGAUUCAAGAUGACACACACAUUCCAGUGGAAGAGCAAAUAUUGAUUUCACAGAAUUAUGUGAUCACUGAUGGUGAAGAUACUGUUAUGAAAUAUUGGGACGAAAAUAGCAUUUCUGUAUAUCUCUACAACAAACAAUAUUUAAUUGAAGAGAAAUCAGAUAUUAUAGUGCCAGAGAUUGUACAAAGGUCUUUAAAACCUUCAUUACCAGUUGAGCUGAUACAAAACUUCAAAAAUUGUCAGUUGCUACACAGGAAUGGCUUCUACUUUGUUAUGUCUCAAAUGGAACUGUAUGAUUCACUGAUAAAAGGCUUAUUUGUUAGAGCAGAGUCAUUAAAAAAUGAAAGCAAAGAACUUGUUUUGAGACAUAAUUUUGUUGAUAAAAACAUUGGAAAACUUCAUGUAAAGGAAGAAACUUUAAAAAAGUUUACUACAAUGGGAAAAGAACAUGUGCAAAAUUUAAAAGCAAAUGGAGUUGGAACCAAUCUAUUAGGUGGAUUUGAAAAGUUAUUUAAAGAAGCAGAUGAACUGAGUGAUGAUAUCAGUAAAUUACAAAAUGCUUGGUCUCAACUGACUGUCAGGCUCGAAUCAGCAGCUAGACGUAGAAUAGAAGGACUAUCUACAGAUCUUAAUAAUUUUAUUUCAAAAUUUAAUUAUCAAGCACUUUUUACCAAAGGACAAACAGUGUAUGUAUCCUAUAAGAAAAUUGAAAAUUAUAAUGAUAGUAAAGGAAGAGAUAAAAUUAGUGAUGUCAUACAACUCAUUAAAGAUUGCUUCAAACUAAGGAAUAAAAUUUUGAUGGAAAUUAGAAAUCAAAGAUUCUACUGCAGCAUUAAAGAUCUGAGUAUUGAAUUAUCUAAAAUUUCGGAAAUUAUUACAAAUGCAUCAAAUUUUUCUGAAACAUUAGACAGUCACUCAAAUUCCCUCACUGAUAAACUAUCCAACUGUAUGUGGUCAACCAUAAGUCUCUUGAGCAGUGAUGCUCACAAUUUAGUAGAUCUUCCUUACAGUGUAGUCUCGAUUCAAAAAAGUAACUUUAAAAUUGGAGAACCAGUAUCUACACACUGUAUGAAAAUGGUCCAAAGCACAAAUAGAGUUGAAGAAGAUGAGAAUCUUAAGUCUCUCAUUGAAGAAAGUUUAACAUUGAGACAAAAUCACAUUAAGCUCACUGAAAAGUUUAAGACAUCCAAAAAUUAUUUACACAAUAAAGCAAAAUUGGACUUCAGUUUUUUGGCUGAAGAUUAAAUUAUUUGGAUAUGUAUCUGUUGAUAAAAGUAGCUGUUACUCAUAACGACAUUACUUAUCAUAAUAUUGUGUUGUGCUUUCUUAGUAAUGUACUUAAUGUUUAAAUGUGCCUUACUUUAAGUAACUAUAAUUUUUACUAAAACAUAAUUGUAGGAGAAGAUGUUACUUUAAUAUGAUUACUGUUGCUCUAAAUAAUGUGCAAUAAAUUGUAUUAUUGUAGGCACUAAUAUAUUUUUUAAAUCUACAUAAUAAAUACAAAUACAUAAUAUAUUCUAGUCUUAGGUAAUGUUAUUUUGCUAUAAGGAUUUUAAUAAUAUUUUUGGUGCUAUGAGAAUUUAUAUGAAAGUUUUGCAUUGUUUUCAAUAUGUACUUUUGUGUGUCACUAU